AUGCAUGCGGAGAAUCCUCUACACGGUCCCGCCGAAGUCAACUCGGUCGGCCAGCAGUCGGAAUCCCAGAAUGUCGCCCCACCUGGGCAAAUCCUGACAGGAAAGCAAGAACACUACCUCAAGCGCGAGCUCAUCGCCCGCCAAGUUCAAAGUGAAAUCGCCGAGUUGAACUCUCCGACAGCGCUUCAGCGUUUUGGCGCCCCUUUCAGGUCGGAGUACGGAGAAGUUGCCCCAGUCGACUCGGAACUUCCCAUCCUUCGAUAUAUCUUCGUUCACCAUGUACGCAAUUUUCCGUUCCUCGAUAAGGCCCGCGAGAAAGAGUUUUGGCAGGAUAAAUUACAGGUGUUCCUGGAAUCCUUCGCAAAGAAGCAUGUGUCGUCGUCCGAAGAUCGAUUAGAGGAGACAAAGCGCAGAAAGUUGGCUAGGAAGUGUGAGAAGCUCGUUGAACUCAUGAUGGUAUCAGGAAUCCCAACGGCAUCGGGGUACGAGGAGCGAAUCCAGUUCUCGGAAAUGGAGGUUGUCGAACGCGGCGCGAACGAUAAUGGUCUAUUGGUUAAUAUGCCAGAAGGGAAUGCCAUUCAUGGCUGGGAUGUCAAUGUGGCUGCCGUACGGAUCACUUCCGUCAGGCGGACAGUGCGAUAUCAUCAACAUGCGGAAUUCAUUCUUCGUGUGCGUCGAGAAGGAAAAUCGGACAUCUUUGUGGCCCGACGGUACGGAGACUUCGCGAAGCUUCAUAAGAGACUACGCACCGAAUUUCCCGGGAAAUCACUGCCAGUUCUUCCGCGCAAGAACAAGUCGUCAACGACAUCGAGCUUCUUCUCUUCAAAUGAUGAUGACGCCUCUUCAGUCUCCUCCUUGUCUAGCCAGAGUGGAAGCAUGCCGGAUGAAGGACAAGGCUCUCGGAAUAGCUUGGCUCCCGGAAACCCUCUGCAUCGCUCUGCAUCGCGGUCAUCUAUGCGCUCUGCUUUAGGGAAAUCCCCUAAAUCACCUAGAGCCUCAGCAGAGACCUCUCGAGAGACAGUGCUCUAUAGAGAAGAGCAACGUGUUUCGCUUCGAGCGUUUCUUCGCACACUAUUACAGAACAAACGGGCGGCUGAGUCAAAAGCUUUGGAGGAGUUCCUAACUGCAGAACCCGUCACUUUGAAUGAGGAGGAAUUAAUUGACAUGCAACGCAGAAAGGAAGCAGAUGCUAUCAGGAUAGAAGAGCAGAAAAGGUUCUAUGAGAUCGCUAGACAGCGCGCAGCCGAGCUGGAUGUAUACAUGGAGAACUUCCGUCGGGAAAUUGUGGAGAGCAAUGGGUUGACGAAGUUAUUCGCGGAAAUUCGAGAGAAGCCCACGGUAGAGGAUCUCAGUCCUCAAUAUCAGAAGUUUGCGGAAUGGCUUCGAAUUGAGGUUGCGGCAACAUUGUACCAUCUGUUCUUGGCUGAAGACAAUUCCCCGGAGCUAUUCGCACAGUUUAAGAGGAUACAUUCUCUUGUCCCGUACACACUGAUGAAGAAUGUUAUCCGUAUUGCCAACCCUGCAGCCGUUAUGUCCGGAGUUUUGGAUCUUUUCCUUGCUCAGCCCUUUGGCUCACGAUCACUUCUACAGCGAAUCUUUUCCAUGACUCUAAAUGAUGGAAUCAAACAAUUCCAAAAAGCUAUUGACGCGCUUGUUUCCAAGGUUGAUGAUCCGUCUCUCUGUCAAAAACUGAAGGCAUUCACGGACGCCGAUGAAGACACCAAAAAUACGAUUCGUGCUGAGGCCGAGAAGGAAGAUAUAGAUAUCCUAGUGGCAAUUCUUCGGUCAAACCUCUUCUCACCCGAGCUCACUGAGGAGCAAUAUACCAACGUCUUUAAUGGAUAUGUGGCCUGGAAUAUGGUGGUGGAUAGUGUCGAAGCAGAGAUGCGUGAUGGUGCACAAUGGUUUGCAAACAUGAAGCAGUUGCUCAAACUCUACACGCGCCAGCGCGAUAAGGCCAUGAUGCUCAGUAUUGUCGAAGAACCCGUCACCUUGCAACUCUUUCGUGACCUGUUCACUAUAUUCUACGAGCCACUCGUGCGAGUGUAUAAGUCCGCAAAUGUUUAUAACAGUAUUACUGAUUUCGCUCAAUUCGCUGACGACGCCAUUGCCGUGAUUGAAAAGUGUCAGCGACAAGACGUAUCUGCUGAUCCGAACCAAACCGUCCAGGCCUUUAUCGACCUCUGCGAACGUCACCAAGCGAGCUUCUAUAAGUUCGUUCAUGAAGUCCACCUCCAUGAUAAUGGACUCUUUGGCUCUCUGAUGGGGUGGAUUGAAGAUAUCCUCGACUUUCUGCGGCACGGACCUGUUGGCGGCAGGCUUGACAUGAACGCCUUGCUCCAUGGAGCCAAAGAUAUGGGACAGGUUGAUAAAAACAAGAUUCUCGAGGAGAUCAACGCACUUAUCAAGUGGCAUGAAGACCGCAAACGGUGGCACCUAAACAAAACAAGACAGAAGAUGGCGGCUGAAGGAACCGGGAAUGAUCCCUUCCCCACCUUUAAGGGAAGCGACUUCGGCUUAGACGAGGGUGACCUCGAAGAUCUUGCCAUCUCAGACGCAGAGUCUGAUCCUGCUGAUGAGGAAGAUGAGGAAGAUGACCUUGACCCGAUUUCUGCCGAACGACGACGCCGGGUCAAGCAACAAGAUCAACUCCGUCGCACGGCUGGCGAGCCUGUUAAACCCGAGAUCCACGAGAUCCCCAAGCUAACCGAAUCAUUUGGAGUAAUGUUACGGAUGUGCCGCAUCCCCUCGCAUCUCUGCCCCCUUGCGGGGUCUCUUCCUCGACGGCAUUUGGCGCUGCAACUGUAUAGAACGCCCUCCGGCAGUGAAACUACUAACCAAAAACCAUGGCAUAAACCAUGGAAGAUGCUAACCCCAGACCCAGUCUACACCUGCCAACGACCCCAAAAAGACCGCUGCAACUUCUUCCUUUGGGCCAGCGACGCCGAAGCCCGCGAGAAGCUCACCAUUCUAUCCAAUUCAAAAACAGAGGCCCAAACCCCCACCAAAACCCCCCAUCAUGAUUCAACCGGCCUCCUCACCCCGCAAACCGACCGUCCACUCCGAAAUGCACACUCCUCAGCACCGAGAUCCUUCCACAGCCCCCCGAAGAGCGCGAGAGCGCGCAUGAUGGCCGAGGACACAGAUGACUUCGGAUGGGACGUUAGCAUAUCGGGCGAAGUGACACCGAUAUUGGAUAGGCCACGCCAGCCGGACUUUGGACGGCCGGUCGACUCGCAGGACGGGCCAAGGAAGACACUACGGAGUGAUUUGUUCCCGUCUCCUGGGAAGCGGAAGCUGGCUGAGGUGGAAAGCGUGCCGAGUCCUACGCCUACGUCGGUAUUUUCGCCGAGGUCGAGUAUGAGAGGUCGGGUUCCCCCGGCGUCUGCGGAGAUUUCGAAGACGCCUACGCCGAGCAAGUAUAGGGAUGUGGUGGGUGGGGAUACUGGGGGUGAGAUGUCGGAGCUGUCGGAGCUGUCGCUUCAGGCGUUGAAGAUCUUAGAGGGUCAUGGUGCUGUUGUGCCGAGGAAGGCGCAGGAUGCGCUUGCGGAGUUGUUGAAUAGGUAUGAUUUGAAGACGAAGGGGAUUAUUCGGGGGCGGGAUAUUUUGCGCAUUGUGAUUAAGAAGAAGGAUGUGCAGAUUAUGGAGCUUAAUGAGAGGGUUGCAUUAUUGGAGUCGGAGAGGGGAUUGAGAAGGAGUAUGAAUGAUGAGUUGAGGGGACAAAAAUUAUCGUCCAUGGACUCCACAGCCGGCCGCGACGCCUCCAAGACGCUCAACAGCGACCUCCCCACCAUGUUCCGACCCCCCGUGAACCGCGCAAUGCGGGUUUUGGAUCGCUCGUUCUUCCAGAAGACGGUGCCGUUAUCCGCCGCAACGAUUUUCAAGACCUCCGAUAUCUCAAGGGUGCGCGGUCAACUGCACAAGAGUCGGGACUUGCUAGGUCUUCCGAGAAUGAGUUCGGUUCGGGAGGUGACGGUUAAUGAUGAGGUGAAGAAGUGCUUGCUUUUGAGGGAGGGAAUAAAAUAUGAUGAUGUUACAACUUGGUCGCCGACCAUUAAUGAACUUGUGGAGAAUGGUGCUGUUGGGGUUAGACGGUAUGACUUAGAUCUGGACUAUGAUUAUUGGACAUAUGCCGAGAUCAUGAACGCAAUUAUGCCGGAGGAUAUGCUCGAAGAGCUCCCUCAGGGGUUUACCCAGGUGGGGCAUGUUUCGCAUCUGAACCUUCGCGAACAAUAUACCCCCUACAAACACCUCAUUGCUCAGGUCUUGAAAGACAAGAACCCGACAAUUCGGACCGUGAUUCGAAAGACCGAGGAUGUGGGCGCCCACAGCGAAUUCCGCACGUUUCCAUUCGAGUUCUUGGCCGGUGACGAGGAUAUGAACGUCAUCCAACAUGAGCAGGACUGUGAAUUCCGCUUCGACUACUCUCGUGUGUACUGGAACAGUCGUUUGGAGACCGAGCACCGUCGGCUGGUAAACAAGUUCCAGCCGGGCGAAAUGGUUUGCGAUGUGAUGGCUGGUGUUGGUCCCUUCGCUGUUCCAGCGGGCAGGAAGAAGAUCUUUGUUUGGGCAAAUGACCUUAACCCGCACGGGUUUGAAGUAAUGGAGGAUGCUGUUCGCAGGAACAAGGUGGAUAAAUUCGUGACACCAUUUAACCGGGAUGGAAGGGCAUUUAUCCGCUGGUCUGCCAAUGAGCUUCUUCAAGCGGAACCGGUGACUGUAGCUAUCGAAGGAAAAUCGAGGAAACAGAGGAGGAGCGCUCAAAAACAAGAGCUAUCUCCUGCUCCCCCAGCUGAGGUCUAUCAUCGGCCCAAUGUGUUUGGUCACUACGUGAUGAACCUUCCAGCGAACGCUCUUGAGUUCCUCGAUGCAUUCCCUGGAGUUUAUGCUGGCAAAGAAUCCCUAUUCGCACCGCACACAUCGACGCCUCUUCCAAUGGUCCAUGUAUAUUGUUUCUCUGGUCACUCGGAAAAUGAAGUGGACGACCACAUCGACAUUUGCAAUCGCAUCUCAGAACGAAUUGGAUACACUAUUACGCCGGAAGAUCGAGUUGGGGGUAGUGGAAACGCGGAGGUAGAGCUGGCCAUUCACAAUGUGAGAUUGGUCAGCCCCAACAAGCAAAUGUUCUGUGCUAGCUUCCGCCUACCUAAAGAGGUCGCUUUCCGACAGGGGGCACACCAACCCACAAUGAGCGUUCAGUUGCCACCCCCAACGCAUCGCAAGCGCGCCUUGCCCCAAGGUGAACUCGAAGCCGCCUCAACUCUCAGGUUAGGUGCAGAUCAAAACACACAUACCUUGUCGCUUUCUGAAGCGAGACUUGUCAUCAAUAAAGUGCUAGAGAACAAGCGCAGGGGGGGAAAGAAAUACGAGGAGCCGGAGAACUUGACCAAGACUUUGGACUAUUUGGAAGUGUUUGCUCGGUUUAAGGAUGAAGAAAAUAUCAAGGCAGUCGAGCGACUGCUCAAUUCGCACACAGAGUUGGAGAUGUUCGAGAGGUCACAAUUGGGAAGUUUGUGCUGCGACAAUGCCGAGGAGGCCAAGUCCCUCAUUCCCAGCUUACAACACAAAAUCUCCGAUGGCGAUCUGCAGGAGCUUUUGGAUGAGUUGACCAAGCUGCGUAACUUCACAGAAUAG